AAGUGCUCUGAUAACCCUUAAUAUUGAUUAACACAAUCAUGCCUAUACACUGGAGGCUUUAUCAACGAUGAGUGGAAUGAAAAGGUUCAUUUUAGUUUUUAGGUUGAGAGUGUUUAGCCAGCAAUGCCAUGGCAGUGGCAAACAAUUUGGGUAAAGCUACCUAGGUAUCAUCUUCUUUCCGCCAGAUUCAUGUUGUCCCUGCAACUACGUUACCUACUACUCCCGCUGCAAUGGAUAUGUCCUCAUCUCUUUGACGCCAGCUUAUGUAGGAACGCCCAGACUUCGAGUAAUGGAUCAGCCCAUAACUCUCCAAACUCCGUUGCCACCAAGUACUAACGCCGGCUCGGUAAAAAUGAUGAAAAGAAAGAAGAGUCGAGAGGG